AUGGGGCGUGCGAAGGUUGAGAUAAAGUGGAUAGAGAACAAAGUGAGCAGGCAGUUAUCAUUCACAAAGAGAAGGAAUGGAUUGAUGAAGAAAGCCUUUGAAUUAUCUGUUCUCUGUGGAGUUGAUGUUGCUGUCAUCACUUUUUCUCCCUCUGGGAAACUCAGAAGCUUUUCUGGCAAUAAUAAAAGGACGAGCAUGUCUCAAUCGGAUCAGAAGGUUGAGGAACUUCAACAAGAAAUUGUAGCAUAUAAGGAUCAAUUGGAAACUCUGGAAAAACGAUUAAGGUUCUUUGAAAGUGAUCCUUCUGAAAUUACCACAUUAUCCGAGGCACAUAUUCGUGAAUGUAUAUUUGAAGAAACUUUAAACCGUGUUUCGUUGCCCAUAAGGACACCGGAGGAGGAGAAUAACCAUCUUGAGGCUGUACCUGUCACUUCUCAGGUGCAUGUUCCUCUAUAUCAUGAUUUGAUCCCAAAAGAUGACACAAGUGAUGACACGUUAAUGGAUCCAAGAUUUGAUAUAAAUGAUCAUUUUAUGAAUAUUUUAGAUCCUUACAAUCUCUUUCCCUUGAGGGAUCAACAAAUUUUGAGUAUAAAGAACACACAACUACAACCACCCUUUUUUUACGAUCAAAUUCUACAACAAGAUGAUGAAAGAAUCAUGAAUAGUGGUGGGGAUGAGAAUAUGCACCCAAAGGCAUCACAAUUUAGGUCAAAUAUGGAGUUCAAUCCUUCCUUUUGGCCUGAAUUUUACACAACAGGAUAUGAUGAGAUCUGA